GCUGUCUUAUCUUGGCUCACAGCCAUGACCACACUUAGUGACACUGGCAUUGAUGUUGACGGGGCUAGAGAAAAGCUCACAGGCAGCCACUCGUGGGAACCAGUCCUUUGAGUUUGGGGCUGUGUUGCUUGAGAUCUCUGCCUGGCAGAUAACCAAAGGCAAGGAGGACCAGUCUGGUCUCUGUUCUCAGUGCUGCGGUUCACAAGACCUCAGUGACAGACUCCAGGCUCACACUCUCGGUGCUGCCCUGCUCGCCCCAGACAUCUUUCUGGGGUCUCCUUGAGGUCAGCAGUGUGAAGAUGAUCAGCAUCCUCUUAGCAUGACGACCUUGGACCAUGUCAUCGCUACCCACCAGUCAGAGUGGGUCUCCUUCAGUGAAGAGCCACUGUUCCCGGCCCCUUCAGAGGGAGUCACUGAAGAACACUUCCCAGGAUCGUCAUCUUCCUCAGACCCAUCUGAGAGCUCUUCUGGGGAGAACCCUGCCGUGGAUGGAGGCUGCCAGGACCUUUCCCACUCUGAGCAGGAUGACUCCUCUGAAAAGAUGGGGCUCAUCUCCGAAGCCACCACCCCUCCCGGGAGCCCGAUGCAGGCCACACCUGACUUGGCCUCAGCCAUCAGCAACUGGGUCCAGUUUGAAGAUGACACGCCCUGGAGCAACACCUCACCACCUCACAAGGAAACCGCCCUCACAUUGACCAUGCCUUGCUGGACAUGCCCUUCCUUUGACUCCUUAAGAAGAUGCCCUUUGACCUCCGAGAGCAGUUGGACCACCCACUCUGAGGACACCAGCAGUCCUAGUGUUGCUCCUUCAUACACGGACCUGCAGCUCAUCAACACUGAGGAGCAGGCAAGCGGCCGAGCUUCCAGGACUGACUCCACUACUGACAAUUCCUCCUCCCUCCAGGAAGAUGAAGAAGUAGAGAUGGAGGCUAUCAGUUGGCGGGCUGGCAGUCCAGCCAUGAAUGGGCACCCCACUGUUCCACCAGUGACCACUGCACGUUUCCCCAGCUGGGUCACUUUUGAUGACAGUGAAGUCAGCUGCCCUUUGCCGCCACCAGUCACCUCUCCCAUGAAGCCCAGUACGCCGCCUGUUGCAACUGCGAUCCCGGAUGUACCUUACAACUCAACUGGGUCAUUUAAGAGGGACCGGCCCAAGAGCACAUUGAUGAACUUCUCCAAAGUUCAGAAGCUGGACAUCUCCCCCUUGAACCGUCCACCUUCUGUAAUCGAAGCACCGCCCUGGAGGGCUACCAAUCCUUUCCUGAAUGAGACCCUCCAGGAUGUCCAGCCCUCCCCUAUCAACCCAUUCAGUGCUUUCUUUGAAGAGCAGGAACGGCGCUCCCAGAACAGUUCGGUGUCCAGCACCACAGGCAAAAGCCAAAGAGAUUCUCUCAUCGUCAUCUACCAGGAUGCCAUCAGUUUUGAGGAUUCAGGCAAAAGCCAGCCCCAACCUGAUGCUGCUAUUGAGAAGCUCAAACAACUCCAAAUUGACGAUCCUGAUCGUGUUGGCAGUACCUCCCUGCCUGAUGAUGACCCCAUAGCCUGGGUUGAACUAGAUGCUCACUCUCCCGCCUCAGCUCUGUCUCAGCCCAGAGAUGGAUGGCCAAUGAUGCUGAGAAUCCCCGAGAAGAAAAACAUCAUGUCCUCUAGGCACUGGGGGCCAAUCUACAUCAAACUGACAGACAGCGGUUACCUGCAGCUGUAUUACGAGCAAGGACUAGAAAAACCAUUCCGUGAGUUCAAGCUGGAGAUCUGCCACGAGGUUUCAGAACCCCGGCUCCAAAACUAUGAUGAGAAUGGGAGGAUCCACAGCUUGAGGAUAGACCGCGUCACUUACAAAGAGAAGAAGAAAUACCAGCCCAAACCCGCUGUGGCCCACACAGCCGAGAGGGAGCAGGUGAUUAAACUGGGUACCACCAACUACGAUGACUUCCUGAGCUUCAUCCACGCGGUUCAGGACUGUCUCAUGGAUUUACCUGUGCUGUCCAUGGACUUGAGCACGGUUGGCUUAAACUACCUCGAAGAGGAGAUCACGGUGGAUGUGAGAGACGAAUUCUCUGGCACAGUAAGCAAAGGAGACAACCGGAUCCUACAGCAUUGCGUCUUGACGCGGAUCCACAUCCUGAGUUUCCUCUCUGGGCUCGCCGAGUGCCGCCUGGGCCUCAACGACAUCCUCAUCAAAGGCAACGAAAUCGUCUCUCGUCAGGACAUCAUGCCCACCACCACCACCAAGUGGGUCAAGCUCCACGAGUGCCGUUUCCACGGGUGUGUGGAUGAGGACGUGUUCAACAGUUCCCGGGUUAUUCUGUUCAACCCUUUGGACGCGUGCCGGUUUGAGCUAAUGCGGUUUAGGACUGUGUUUGCCGAGAAGACCUUGCCCUUCACACUCAGGACGGCGGCGAGCAUCAACGGGGCCGAAGUAGAGGUGCAGAGCUGGCUGAGGAUGUCUCCUGGCUUCUCUUCUAACCGGGACCCUCUCACUCAGGUCCCCUGUGAGAAUGUGAUGGUUCGCUACCCAGUGCCCAGCGAGUGGGUGAAGAACUUCCGCAGGGAAAGUGUUCUUGGGGAGAAGUCUCUGAAAGCCAAAGUGAACCGGGGGGCAAGUUUUGGCUCGGCUGGUAUCUCCGGCUCCGAACCUGUCAUGAGAGUAACUCUGGGAACUGCCAAGUAUGAGCAUGCCUUCAACGCCAUUGUGUGGAGGAUAAACCGGCUGCCAGACAAGAACUCAGCUUCUGGUCACCCACACUGUUUCUUUUGCCACCUUGAACUUGGCUCUGACCGGGAAGUGCCUUCCAGAUUUGCCAAUUACGUAAACGUCGAGUUCAGCAUGCCCACGACUUCUGCCUCCAAAGCAGCUGUGAGAUCCAUCUCCGUGGAAGACAAGCCUGGUGUGAGGAAGUGGGUCAAUUAUUCUGCACACUACAGCUACAAGGUGGAAAUUGAACAAAAAAAGAGUUUGAAGCCAGACUUUGAGGGAGAGGAGCUGGACAACCCAAAGGAAUGUGGGGUACAGUGACAGUGGCCUCCUGUGUAAGGACCUGAGGAAUGCUGAGUCGAAAUCGGGUGUCUUCCUGAAUAACUCAAGCUUACGUCAACACCUGCUGUGGCUGCUCCUUGUUGGGGGCAGUCUACCACAGUUUCCUGUGUGCAGUUAGUUACCUGUGAGUGACAGGAAAUCCUGAGGGGCUGCUUUCAAUUGACUCCUUGACGCUGAGCGUGCCUGAACACAUGGUACACGCGGCUGCUGGAGUUUAUUGUAUAUUGAGCCUCCUUGUCUCUUUUCUGCUUCUAUCAUGCACUGGUGUGUGGUUGGUGGUGACUGUUAGAGACCCGAAAAGAAUGGCCAACCCCAGCAUUGGCGCAAUUUGCUCCCAGUAUCCAUCUGUCACUCGUCAGCUUCUGGACAAAACAGCCUGAAAAGUUAAUCAAGAAUCCAUCGCCAGCGGUCCUCUGUAAAAGAGUCAGAGGAGUUUCAAAACAAAACCAUUUCCUCUUUGGGUCUACUAGGCCUUUUCUAGAAAUCUCCAUUCUUUAAAUGCUGGUUUUACUCCACAGAGUUUUUCCAGGAGUUUCUCUCCUGGUUCUGGAUUGUUCAAGGCCAAAAGUCUCAACCUCGACUUUUCCAUUUGCUAUCCUAAGUCACAAUGCACAGUGGGAGAGGCCAAUCAGAUUUUCUUUUUCAAAUUCAGGGAUUGGAGCUUAAUUCUACAAAUGGACUGUAUUGGAUUCACAGUCUGUCGAAGAGAAAGGAAAGCUGAAUUUACUUUUCUUCACUUGAAGGAAAAGGGACGUUAAGUGUAAGUUUAUAUUCAGUUCAGAAGGCAGCUUCAAUCAUAAUGAGUUGCCAAAUUCUCAUCGAUCAAUUCUAAUUCCUGAAAUACUGGCAUGGCUAUAAGAGAGGCAAGAGAGAGAGAGAGAGAGAGAGAGAGAGAGAGAGAGAGAGAGAGAGAGGAGACUUGGCAUUUCUUUUUAUACCUCAUAGGCAAUGACUGUUACAUGGCCCUUUAAUUUAGAGGAAACUGAGAUCGAUGUAUGAGCUUUACCCCAAAUUCAGAGGCUGGUAGUCUCAGUGUGGUGAAAGUUCAAAAACAGGGAAGGCUCCAGGGUAGAGCUGGAGGAAAGCCAGUUUGCCAGUGUCAUGAACAUGAAAUCCUGAUGCCAAGAAUCAGAAUGGUCACCUUUUCCCUCAUGUGUUCCCAGCCCGCCCACUGCUUCCUCACUCCCUGUAUGUUUGAACCUUGGUGUUUUCUCUCCUGAAGAAUAAAGCGGGGGGUGGGGGGGACGACACAGAAUGCUCAUUU